CAAAACAAACUUUGACAACUAUGUACAUAGUGAGGUGGUAGCAUUGAAUUAGUCGAUUGAUUUUAAUAUUGUUUCUGGCGUCAAUUUACUUGCAAAUCUAAUAAAAAAAUUCGCUUUGCAAAAUUAUCUUUAAUGGAAGUGGUAUUUUUAUAUCUGACUACAAAUGGUAACACUGUUAUUAUUAUAGCAAAACUGACAGAAUCCAUUCAAUUAAACACACGGUACACAACAUCACAAUAUAAAUAAACAUUUUAUAAAAUGGAAACCAAAACAAAGAAAGCGAAAUUUUCACACAAAAUAACACCACAAACUUUAAAACAAUAUGAAAAGAUGAAUGUAUAUUUCACAAUACCGCGUUUGGUAGCCUACUACGAAUAUAAUCAUGGAAACAUCACUCCAGCCAAGCGAAUUAUGUACUAUAGAAAUCCAACUGCCCGUCAAUAUCCAAUUGAUUUAAAUGCCGAUUUUGAAACUUACGUAUUUCGUGAAUCUUGUCUUCGUUCAAAAUAUAUAGAAUUGUCACUUAAAUAUGAGAUGAAAUGUAACGGCGAAUGUCGGGAUGUUGAGAAAACAAAAGUCAUAACAAGACGUGGUACUUUAGUACAUAUAAUGGAAGCUUGUUAUUAUAAACAACAUGAUAUGUUAUCUAUAAGAGUAUCGCGUUAUAAUGGAAAUAUUUAUAUGGUGAGAAAUGAAUCACUGAGUGAAUUGAAACACUCAACUAAUACACAUCAUGGCCAAUUAGAGAAAUUGUUAUUUUCCGAUUCACCCGAUAAACCAGCAGAAACUAAUAAACCCUGUGAUGAAAACAAUUUUCUACUUGGAGUACAUAGAAGUAAUUUUGGUAAAUAUGAUAUUAUUUACUCGGGCGAAAUACAAGGAAUUAUUUCACAAGAAAAAAUCAAAGAUUUUGAUGACUUGGAAGCUCUCAAUAAUUGCCGUUUUGUUUUUACAAAACAAAUGUGGAAAUAUAUUAAAUAUGAAGAAAAGAAAUAUUUAAAUUAUUGGCUACAAUCGUAUUUAGCCAAUGUCAAAGAUAUUUAUAUUGGCUAUAAAAACAAAAAUGGAAUUAUAGAAGAACCUAUAAAAAAUAUAACAACAAGAAAUCUGCCCAAGAACUGUUUUUGGAAACCAUCCGUUUGUUUGGGAUUUUUAUAUGAUUUUUUACAAAAUGUAGAAAAACACAUGUCUACUGUCAAUUGUUUAAAUACUGUCUAUAUGUUUCACUACAAUUCGAAUGAGAAAAUCUUUAGUUAUGAAAUUUUUAAGGGUAAAACUGAUAAAACAUUUAUAACUGAAGAGUAUAUGGAAUAUUAUAAAAAUUAAUCAAUUAUAUAAAGCCCUAUUAUUUUGCAUUUUAUGAAAAGUCGACUUU